AUGGGCUCAUCAGAAGCUGCGAAAUGGAUGUCAGCGCUUUCCGACGAUCAAGCCGGUGUAUUCACAUUUUCCAAUUGUGUAUGUCUGUCGGACAUGUAUGGCGAUGGCGACACAAAACUAGUCGUAGCUCAUGUUGGCAGCUCCAAGUUCAACAUGCGCUUGAAGGUGUUUAAGGGAGUAACGGUGGUAGGAGAGAGUGCCAUCGCAGACAUGCCGACAGCAGUCAUUUCUUUUUACAACGAAAAGAUCACACUCCCAGCCAUUGGAGUAGCUUCUGGCUCAUAUAUAAGGAUCUACAAGAAUCUAAAACCAUUUUAUCAGGUUUGA